CAGGAUUGGGCUGUAUUUUUGGAUACAGUGUCGGGGUCUGGUUAUCCUUGUUGGGAGUGCUGGAACAUUAACCGAGGUCGGUGGAGAAAAGACGGGAGACAGGGAGAGGGGAGAGCCAUGAAAGACCACCGGCUCACCAAUUCGACUCAAUGGUACUCACCUUAAAAUUCAAAACCAUGUAACUAAAGAAAAGUAACUCCCUCUCCCUUGUCAAAUCCGCUCUGUGCCGACAAUUUCUCGAAGAGGUCCAUCAUUUAAUGUGGAAUACAUUUGGAUAAAAAAAACAAAAUAAAGGAAUUCGGAUAAGAACAGCUGUCGACAGAAAAUGCGCGCCAGCGACUAGACGCACCGACGAUGACCGAAGUUGAAGAACAAGAUUUUCCCUUGGAGGAAAUACACCAUUUAACAAUUUAACGUCACUUUGGAAAAGGUCACACUCUCAGUCCUGAUUUGAAGUUUUUUUUCCCCUCUCCUUUUUCCAUUCAAGAAGGAUGAGUGGAGGUCGCUUUGAGUUCGACGACGGCGGCGCUUACUGCGGCGGUUGGGAAGGAGGCAAAGCGCACGGCCACGGCAUCUGCACGGGACCGAAGGGUCAAGGCGAGUUCUCCGGUUCAUGGAAUUACGGUUUCGAGGUGGUCGGGGUGUACACCUGGCCAAGCGGGAACACGUACGAGGGCUACUGGGCUCAGGGCAAGCGCCACGGCCUGGGCGUCGAAACCAAAGGCCACUGGGUGUAUAAGGGCGAGUGGACGCACGGCUUCAAAGGCAGGUACGGUACGCGUAUGAGCCUCAGCAGCGGUGCCAAAUACGAGGGCACGUGGAAUAACGGUCUGCAGGAUGGUUACGGCACCGAGACCUACGCGGAUGGCGGCACCUUCCAAGGCCAGUUUACGGGUGGAAUGCGUCAUGGCUACGGUGUACGCCAAAGUGUUCCGUACGGUAUGGCGGCUGUGGUGCGCUCUCCUUUGCGCAACUCGCUAACAUCACUGCGUAGCGAGCACAGCAAUGGCAUGCUACUGCAGCAGGAUGUUCCCAUCAUCACCACUACAAACGCAUCAGGUCAGGAGACUGUUGUCACCUCAUCUAAGCCAAUGGGACCUUCACGUGGUGGCUUUGCGCUCAGCCUACACGGUGACCCUGAACUUGCCAAGCCAAAGAAGCGAGGCCUUUUCCGUCGCGGCUCACUGCUGGGCAAGCUAACCAAGUCGGAAUCUCGCACAUCCCUCUCCAGCCAGAAGAGUAAGAUUAGCUUCCUGCGCAGCGAAUCAGGCCUCAGCUCAGCGACUAGUGAUGCCAACUCUACUAUCAGCAUGGGUGACAGUGAAGCAGAAGGUGAGGGCCACGAGUUUCCACCUGUCGAGGCUGACAUUGACGCGACCACCACCGAGGUUUACAUGGGCGAGUGGAAGAACGACAAGCGCUCAGGCUACGGCAUCAGCGAGCGCUCCAGUGGCCUCAAGUACGAGGGUGAGUGGCUGGACAACCAACGGCAUGGAUACGGAUGCACUACAUUCGCUGAGGGCGGUAAAGAGGAGGGCAAGUAUGUACACAAUGUGCUAGUGAAGGCUGUGAGGAAGAAGGUGAUUCAACUGAAGGGCACCAAGAUCAAGCAAAAAGUGGAAAGGAGUGUGGAGGGAGCACAGAGGGCCGCAGCCAUUGCCAAACAAAAAUCAGAAAUUGCCAACUCAAGAGCUUCCCAUGCAAGGAGUAAAGGAGAGGCUGGUGAACAGGCUGCUCAAGCUUCUAACAACGAGUCCAGCAUUGCACGUGUAGUGGCCAGAGAACUCUCGCCUUCAUUUUAUCAACCAGGCCCAGAAUACCUAAAGAAGCGAGCACUACAAGAAAUUGCUGAGAGCAAUGAGAAUGCUGACACAGACAUGCAUGAGUCACUGCUGGCGGAGGAGAUGAUGCCUCCAGAAAGUCCCUUCUUGCAUGAAAUGGAGAGCCUAAAGCCUAGCAUUAGCCCAGCACGUACCCCAUCACCUCAACCUUCCAGCUCUGCUGCCUUAGAUCCUAACCUUCUUGGUCCUGGUAGCUGGAAUGGGGACAGAAGUAGUCGAGGUGGCGGUAGCAGCAGCAAAGGGGGAAGUCGUUCAGGGAGCAGACAGAGCAGUCGUCCUUCAACUCCUUCAGCACCAAGCACAGAGGAGCCUGGUGUCACAAAGGGUUCGUCCCGUUCCCCCAGCCGCCAAAACUCCAAAGUUGAGCAGGGUUCUGACCUUGAGAUUAAGCCUCUACAGAAGAUGGACUUAGAGUCCAAAGCAGCAGAACCUGCUCCAGCUCCAAUAAGGACCAUCCUCAUCUCCUCUACCGAUGAAGAAGAACCACCUCCUGCCUCCAGAGUGUCCUCCAAAGCAGUGACCCCAGAACAAAACGAUCCUGAGCAGAGAGACGAGGACAGGGAACCAGCACCAGAGCACCUAACAUCAGUAGCCGAGAGAAAGGAGGAGGCCAAGAUAGACAAAAAAGUAGCUAACCAAGUUGAAGCUAAGCAAUCUAUGAAACGAGAGCCUAGUCCGGCUCCAAAACGAGAGCCUAGUCCGGCUCUGAGACGAGAGCCUAGUCCGGCUCUGAGACGAGAACCAAGCCCGGCUCCGAGACGAGAACCAAGCCCGGCUCCGAGACGAGACUGUAGCCCUGCUCCUAGGCAGGAAUGUAGCCUGGCUCCAAGACGAGAGCCAAGCCCAGCUCCAAGAAAAGAAUCUACCCCGACUUCUAAACAUGAUCCUAGCCCACUUCCUAAAGUUGUGCCUAUGCCUGAACCCAAAGUUGUGCCUAAACCAGAGCCUAAAGCUAUUGCCAAACCAGUUACUAAGCCUGCUCCCAAGGUGGACCCCAAAGCUGAACUGAGACAGAGGGCUUUGGUAAAAACCCCUGAUGAAGUCACUGAAAUCACAGCGCCAGAAGAGGGGCCAAAUACGGUUAUGAUCUGCAUGGUCAUUCUGCUUAAUAUUGGACUGGCCAUUGUUUUUGUUCACAUCCUGUCCUGAUGAAAAGAUGGCCGAGACCAAGAGCACCUAGAUUGAAGAAAGAAGAGAGAUGUGCUGUUAUGGAUGCCACAAGCUCCCCCUUGAGGCUUUACUGAUGUGAUUCAGUCUCAAUAAAGCCCUCUGGAGCCACCUGAAGGACAGUUGUGUAGUUGGAUUGAAGGAUGACAUAGAGGUUCUGUGUCUGAAUGCUGGAGAGAACUUUGGAAAGCUUUUAUCUGUAUUGUGCUGCUUUAAAGAAUGAUUCUUCCCGAAUUAACAAUGCCAUUUACUUAAAAGAGUGAAUAUAUUUUAUACAAAUCAAGCAAUGUCAAGUUCUCCAGUUUACUGCUGAUUAUCAUUCAAAGCCAUAGUUUCUGAUCAGUCUGAGAUCACUUGAAUUUGAAGAAGGAAAAAUAACUGGUGAAAAAUUUGACUACAUAAGAUGUCUUAAAGUCUCACAAUAAGGCCUUUUCCUUCAGUCUCUAAUGCUAAUAUUCUAACAGAUAUAUGACAGACAGUACUGUAUAUAGAACCUUUGUUCAAGCCUUAUGGUAAGAAAAUGAUCAUCAAUAAAUCUCUGCCUGUUAAAAUAUAAGCGUGAGUUUAAGAAAAUGCAAAGGUCAAGAAAUUCAGUUCACACAAGGAAGAUGGGAUAGCUACUGUAGCUGUAAGUGUGUCAUAUGGUUUUGUCUGAUGUUUCUGAGAAGGUUUCUUAUAUUUUUUCUGAAUAUAAAAUCCCACUCCCAUCCAUUACAGUGUCUGGAAUUGUAUGCAAAAAAUGAUCAAAAACCAAGUUGUUUAUGCUCAAGACACAUUGUACUGUGAACAUGUUUGUGCUUGCAUACUUAAUUUUAAAAAGCACCAAGUGGCAACAUUUUAAUACUCAAACAAAACUGGUUUUGUAUGCAUGUAUGGUAAGGGGUUUUCUACCUUUCUAAAAUUGUGAUGUUACAUUAUUAGCAAUAUGUACAUUUGCAAAUAUUGAGGAACUACCACCAGCAAAAGGCCAGUGUUGCUAGAAGGUUUCAUUUCCAGCCAUUCAGGACCUAUACCCAAUUCAAUUGUUAAAUCAACUUAUUUUGUCCUUGCUUGGUUGGCAUUAAAACCCACACUUAUGCUGGUCCUUCACAUAUAAGAUAUGCCAUCCCCUUCCUUAGAAUAUUGCAAACAUAUGUUUUGAUUUAAUGUCUCCCUUUUAGAAAAUUAACUCAAAGUAUUUGCAUUGAUGAAUUGGUUUGGAAUCAAAUUCCAGAUUGUUGUUAAGCACUAUGAAUAUAGUCAUUGCCCAAAUAUUUUAUUUUAUUUAGAAAUAAAUAGUAGUUAUGCAUCCUAAAGCCGUCAUCUAGCUGCUUGUCCCUUGACCUAAUGGUAUGAAGAGUUAAAAUAUAAAUGCUUUGAAACAGCAUUCAUCUGGUUUGGCUUGUAACCGUUUGCACUGGAGUGGUUUGUGAUGACAGUGUUUUACAAUGCAACUUUGUCAGUGUAUUUUAUUCUCAUCAGAGUGCCAACCACAAAUCUCCAUGUUAUGAAAAAUAAAAAAACAAAAAGAUUUAUUCAUAGGUUUGUUUUCAUAUGAAUGCAUUCAGUCAUGAUUUCACUGGCUGAAUAGUGCACAUUUUAAGAACAGUGAGAAAUCUAGAUCUUCCAAAAUGUUCAUACCAUGUAGAAGAUUUAAAUAACACAAAUUUGUUUGCAACUUGGAAAGAAAUUCAAUCAUGGCACUCAAAAUGCCAAAUAUAAAUGUAUCGUGCUGAACAGUACUAUUGAAUGCAAAUAAAUCUAUUUUUCAACCUAAA